GGCGGCGGCGGGCGGCGCAUUGUGCGGGGCGGCGGGGCCGGGCCGGGCCGGGCCGUGCGGGGGCCGUGGCCAUGGAGCGCUGGGCCGGGCGCGUGGCGCUGGUCACCGGCGCCUCGGUGGGCAUCGGCGCGGCCGUGGCGCGGGCGCUGGUGCAGCACGGCAUGAAGGUGGUGGGCUGCGCCCGCAGCGUCGACAAGAUCGAGAAAUUGGCAGCUGAAUGCCAGAGCGCCGGCUACCCUGGGACCCUCAUCCCCUACAAGUGCGAUCUCUCCAACGAAGAGGAGAUCCUGUCCAUGUUCUCCGCCAUCAAGACCCUUCAUCAGGGAGUUGAUGUGUGCAUCAACAACGCGGGGCUGGCUCGGCCGGAGCCCCUGCUCUCGGGGAGGACGGAGGGCUGGCGGACGAUGAUAGACGUCAACGUGAUGGCUGUGAGCAUCUGCACCCGAGAGGCCUAUCAGUCCAUGAAGGAGAGGAACAUCGAUGAUGGGCAUAUUAUUAACAUUAACAGCAUGAACGGUCACAGCGUGGUGCCACAGUCGGUGGUGCAUUUUUACAGCGCCACCAAGUACGCGGUAACAGCACUCACAGAGGGGCUGAGGCAAGAACUCAGAGAAGCAAAGACUCAUAUACGAGCUACAUGUAUAUCUCCAGGACUGGUAGAAACAGGAUUUGCUUUUAAACUUCAUGAUAACGACCCCGAGAGAGCUGCUGCAACCUAUGAGAGCAUUCGGUGUCUCAAAGCUGAAGAUAUGGCUAAUGCUGUCAUAUAUGUCCUCAGUGCCCCACCUCAUGUACAGAUUGGAGAUAUACAGAUGAGGCCCACGGAGCAGAUAUCAUAGCAAAUGAGGAAGACUGUGAGCAGCACCGUGUAUCCACUCCACUUGGAACCCUCUGGCAAUGUAGGGUUUCGUCAGCUGGCUAGCAACGUUUUAUUCAAGUACCAAGGAUUGUGUUUGAAGAAUUAUUUUUCUCUCCCUCUCUCUGAGCUGGUGCUGGUGCUGAGCCAGUUUUAAAUAUAUAUAUAUAUAGUAGUGGGUCUCUUUCACCCCCACUCCUUUCUGAAGCUGCUUGAGAGUAAAAUGUAUUUGAAAAUAAUGCAGGGAAGUGGUUUGUGGAAGAUUGUCUCCAGACUGGUUUCUUCUUCUUUUUCCUUUAUUUUCAAGGUUUGUUUGAUCUUAUUUGAUGAUGAUGUGUCUGGACUUAGGGGAAGCGGCAAGAGGUGUUUGCCAGCUUCCAUGUGGUUAGGGUUUGAGAUUUUCAGUGGAUGUCAUAUAUGAAUUCAUUUAAUUUGGGGUUUUAUUAUCAGUUUGAUGCUUAUUUGGUAAUGAUGCAUGUGAUAUUUUCUUCUCUCAUAUCCCAGUGCCCUAAAGCCGAUAUACGACCUCACCCUACCUCCCCAGACCCUCCUUUUCCAUUCAUAUGAAUUGUGCCUGCUAAGUUUGAGGAGGUAUAAAUGUGUGUGCUUGAUAUUUCUUUCAUUCUUUCUUUAUAGGUAGGUAGGUAAAUAGUUUGGGGAAAAGUACCUGUAUUUUUGCAGGUUAGAACGAUCAUCUAAGUGGCAUAGAUACAGUAAGAGUGAGUUGUUUGGUAUUUUUAAUAAAAAUUAAAUGUGCUGUCUUGUGAUCACCUUUAUCCUUGGUAUCAUCUCCCAGCACUCUUGAUGUUUUUUUGUAUGUUUGAUAAUAGCAUGCAUUGACACUUUUUUGGAAAUGUUGAUCGGUCUUAGAAAGAUGUAUGGUGCUGUUUAAACACUGAUGCUGAUCACUGUUGAGUUGGAAAUGUUGGAAUUUUGUUCAUAUGCAGAGAUACAAACUUGGAGAGAGGGAGUGAAAUGAACCGUGCUGAAGCUGUCCAAAAUGAAAACAUAGUAGUAGGGGCAUUUGCCUACAAAGCAGAAGGUAAAAGGUCUGGUUCAGAUCUUGUACUAGUUCUAUGCUGGUGCAGCCCCAUUGUUUUGCUCUGGGUUUACUCCGACUUGAGGGAGGAGGGAAUCAGCCCCAUAGCUGAUACGUGCAGAGCUGGAGACCACUUCAGCUGUUUUAUUUACUCUUACAGUGUGGCAGAAACACAACUGCAUGUAGUCCACCUCGAUAUAGAGCUAUGGAGCUGCUGAUGUACAUGUUGCCUUAAGAUUGCAGACUUGUGCCUGCUGAGCUCUAAAUUUCCUGCAGUGUUUUGGAAGGCGAACCUGUCAUUUUAGGUGGAGCAGGUCUGGUCAGUUGAUGUGAGCGGAGGACUGAGAACCAGAGAAACUUGGUUUGGACUGUUUUACUUAUGCCAGUGCAGCUCUGUGGGAGUUCAUCUGUGUUAUACCACCAUAAGGGAGACCAGAAUAGGGCCACUACAUCAUGAAUUUCAACUCCCUAUGUAACCUUGGGCGAGUCGUGUUACCUCUCUGCCUCAGUUUACCCAUCUGCAAAAUGGGAUAAUAAUACUUACCUACCUCACAGGGGUGUUGUGAGGACUCACAAACUGUUUUGUAAAGCACUUUGAAUAUGAGAAGCGCUAUGUAAGUGCUGAGUGUUGAUAUGAAGUAUUAUUAUUAAUGAAUCUUGUGAUAAAUAGAAUUCCUUGUGCCAAAGGGAGCAACUGUAGAAGGAUACAAGGAGAGAACCGGUAAAACAUUCCUUGGUAAUUGUAAAAACAAAGGCAAUUUGUCCCUCUUUUUUUUCUGUUUAUAAAUACACGCUCGUGGUGUGUUCUAUCCCUUCAUCAUCUGUCACCAAUUUCUCCUGGCAAGUACACAUAACCUUGUCUCUGGAUUUGGCCUUUUAAUUUACUCUGAGUGAAAUUUGUGCCCUGUGGCAAAGUCUUGCACUACUCUAAUGCACUGACCUCCUCCACUUUGCCGAGGCAGUGACUUUGAGUGGGUUCUUUGCACAGAGCUGGCUUUCACCCACGGCACUGAGUUAGAUCAUGUCCUGCAAGGAGCAGAGCCAGUCCGGGUCUGCACACAGCCAGCGAUGCUCACUGCAGCGGAGAGAGCCUGUGCCAGCUGGAAAAGCUCAUCAGUCUCCGUGCCACCGUGGUGCUCAAUUCAGAGGCACUUGGGUAACGAAGGUCCAAGCACAGUUGUGCUUUCUAUAACACCCCCGUGAUGUUCAGCUAGACAUAGCACAAAAACUCUGGGUGUUUUCCAUAAGGUUUCUUUUUCAGGAGCUUGUUUGAAUUCAGCACAUGCACUGUGCAGAGUGUGCCAUCUUUUGAAAAGAAGGUGGCUGAACUGGGAGUUGAGGGCUGAAAAAGUUGAGAAGAUUAGGAACUUGUGAAAUGAGCAAGGGUGUGGGAAGCAGUAGUGAGGAGUCAGAAUUGGUGGCUCUAACUGUGUGAAACUGAUGUUGAAAUGCAUAGCUGAGGCAGGGACCUGACUUACCUUUCUGCUCUGUAAAAGGAGGCUUCAGAGAGAAUUGCCUAAGAUGUAAGGCUCUGAAAAAGGGCCGGUCUGUGCAGUCACUCCCUGCAAAAACACAACCUGGCUGACCUGCGGCCCUGGAAGUUAUUUUUUCCCCCAUGAAUAUUUGUAACGUUUGCAAGUCUAUAAAACAACCUCUCAUCCUUGAAAUGAUAUCCAGUAUAUAUUUCCAUUUUUAAUGAGUUAUGGGGGGGGAUAAUUCCUGCUGCCAGGUAACUUCCUGCCUUUGGCUGCUUUCCCACACGAAGCACAGAGGGGUUUGGCAGGGGUUGCUUGGCUGCUCUGCCUCAUGUAACCUGGCAUCUUCCUGGGGGGAGAUGGGAUUGGCAACGUGACUCCAAGGCAUUCCAAAACCCCAAACAAGAGGGUAAACUGUGUAAUUUAUCAGUAGGUUUCUAAUUGUGAACUGUAAAAUAAAGAAUAAAAAGAGGCACACUGUG